CGGUCUGAUUGUCAAUGUCAAUUUUGACGUUUGUUUCAAUUUUCAUUUUAAUAAUUUUAAAAGGGCUGCUGGGGAAAAAUAUUCAAUUCAAAGUAAAAUAAAAUGUCUGGUUCGCUUACAGGCUUAACUACUCACACUAGAAAGGUGCAGAGUUUAUAUAAGAGAUCACUUCGUAUGUUAGAAAAUUGGUAUGAUAGAAGAGAAGUCUACAGGUACCAUGCAGUGCUAAUGAGGCAAAGAUUUGAUCAAAAUAAAGAUAUUGGAGAUAUUAGAAUAGCAAAAGAUUUGAUUUCAAAAGGAGAAACUGAACUCUUUGAAAAUGCUCAUUGGCAUCCUAGAAAAUUCCCUGACUCACCUGGUGGUGUUGCCUAUGGCAGAGAGGUUCCUCCUCCAGAUUGGGUAGCUGAUUAUUGGCAUCCUCUUGAGAAAGCCCAAUAUCCAGAAUAUUUUGCUCGCCGUGAACAAAGAAAGAAGGAAUAUGUAAAACUUUGGGAAGACAAGUACGGAAAAGCUUCAACCUUUACUCCACAUUAAGUUCAUUUUUCAUUUAUGUAGAUUGAUAGCUGUUAUAUAAUUCUUUUAGAACCAA